AUGGCGUCGCCGUUCAUCAUCGACGAUAAAGACCUUGACGACGCUGCAUUGUGGGCAGUUAUCGACUCCGCCGCCGCCCUCUCUUCCUCCACCAAAUCCACCAUUUCAAAACCCCGCAGUAAACCCCUGACACCAAUUCCGUUCCCUCUCCCCUCUCCCCAACCAAAAAAACCCCACAACCACUACCAGUAUACCAACGGAGAGGUUCUGCAGAACCAUCGCCCUCAAAAAAUUUCGAGGUCAAGUAAUAGUUCUUGUGUAUCCGAGCUCAGUGAAUCGAGUCCUUCGCCACUGGCGGUGGUGAAGCACGUGCAUCGCAUGCCUAAAACUCCUCCGCUUUACUCUUCUAAUUCGCCGGUGACGAAUCAUAAUAUUAAUGACGAUAAUUAUGGUCCUAAUGGAUCGGAGUGCAAGGCCAUGAGUUAUGGAUAUGGUGAGGGGAGAGAGAUGAGGCAUAGCUUGUAUGGUCAGUUUCCAACUGUUAAUCUCUUUAAGGAGUACCAAAAUGCAGCUAUGGCGAUAUUAGAGAAAAGUGAUUACAUCACAAUUUCUGGAAAUCCUUUUAUUAAGAAGUCAGGAUGGAGAAAGAUAUCAUUUUACUUCAAUCUGUCGUAUGAGAUUAAAGACAAGACCAUUGAAUUUGAUGAGAACCGUAAUGUUCAGCGUGCUGAAUUUGUGGUUCGUGCAUACAUGCAGGGUGGUAGAUUUUCAGAUGGAUGGGGUUCAUGUGAACGACGAGAGAAGAGGUUUCUGAAACCGAACCACGAUAUCCCAAGCACAGCAGAAACUAGAGCAAAAAACAAGGCAUGCCAGGACCUGCUGGGAAUUGGAGAGUAUCGGCCUGGUGCAAGCCAUGCUCACCCGUAA